GUUCGUCGUACGCGAAGGCGAAGAUGUCAUGCUUGAGCACGACGGCACCCGAAAAAGGACUCUACUUUUUCCGUUCCUUAUCAUGGGUUCUCCUCGUCAUGUGCGUCUUGAUGUACUCGUCCUGCUCGUCUCCCAUUCUGGCUGCACAGCUUCCCUCUGGUCGCCCAGACGCCUUCCGUUCCGGAGAAGAGCUUCCCCGACGGGAGGGUCUUGCUCGAGAAGAGCUUCCUCCACAUCGACUGCGGGAUGUUGAUAGACAACAGCACGCCGUUAAUAACCAGACUUAUGCAGCUAUGACUCAGCCAAUUGUAGGAGGGUACUAUGCCUAUGCUGUCUCCUCGUCCUCUGAAGACUUCUAUUACACUGCGGAAAAGCGAAGAAUAGGAGGUUCUUGCGACAUGCCAGAAGCGGCAAAAAUUAAGGCUGAUACUUGAUUUGUCAAUAAUAUUCUUCAUCGCAGACGGCACAAUAGAGUACUCACUAGAAUAAUCCGUGCUUGAGGAGUAGAAGGACCCUUAGUAACGAUUUCACCUUCGAGAAGAGUUGUGGGAAGAGAGAAGCUUUUAGCACUAGAUUUCAGGGGACGAAUCAAUUUCAUAUUUAUAGAAGCGAGGAAGAAUAGGAGGUUCUUGCGACAUGCCAGAAAGGGCACUCUCACUAAGUGAGAGACGGUGAUGAAAAUUUAAGCAUACUAGUAGCUCUAAGACACGGGUCCCUAUCGCUGUAGCGGACGAUCCUUCCGUGAACGUAAGCAGAUGCUCUCCGAACAUCCCAGUUGAUGUUGGGCGAGGAGAUGAUGCAGCUGCAGUUCUCCGCGACGAGCGUUAAGGAAACUUCUUCUUCUGUAUUCACAUAUUUUCGCUUGAGUCCAUUUUCAUCGCCAUGCUGAAGACGGUAAUAUGUAUUUUUUAGAAAUAUGUGUCUGUGCUGUCCACUCGUCUCACUCAGAUUUUCAUUUUUCUAGUACAACAAGAGCAACUUUUAGUUUUGAUUUUGAAAAUAUGUAGAGGGAGGAAAAGAAUCAAGAAGCAUGACUUGUAAAAAGAUGAUGUGUAGUUGGCACUACAAGAGAUAUGCGCAUGAAGAUGCUCUAAGAAUAUUUGCACGACGAGGGAUGUGCGCAAGUGUGGAAGAGCGCUCUCACAUUAGCCCACGAGCUGGAUUAGGGCCGCUGUUGGACCAUCCUCAGCGUCAUCGAUCCUUGGCCCUUUUUUCAAGGGGAAAAAGGGACCAGGAAGGCUCUCAGGGAUGCGAGAGCGGUAGCUCUAACUGGAGCAAUUGCGAAUCCGAUCGGACCAGGCUACAGUGGAAGGUGCGACGACUGAAGAGGACCGCACAAAGGAUAAGGAACGGAAGAUGAGAGGAAGAAGACACAGGAGACUGCGAUCGCGCCAGAGAAGAUCGUCACGGCUUGGUAGGGCUCCAAUUACGAAGACCAAUUCAUCCCUAUUCGGAUCCCUGAAGAACAAGUAGAUAGACGAAUUGAAGUAAGUAGAUAUUUAUUAGACAGAGAGACAAGAAGGUGGAGGAGGUUGUAGCAAGAAAAGAUAAUCUCAUCGAAUGGGAAUGAGAAGAUACCAAUAUUUUUUGUUGAUACUACUAGAAGGGACGAGAAAUAGCUUCAAGUACUUACCUAAUAUGCUGGUACAGUGCACCAGUGAUUGCGAUGAAUUUUUCUUACUACUUGCGCUAAAACAUCCUCAUUGGCAACAUCACCACCCUGGUUGGAAGCUGCAGCAGCAUUCGGGCCGAGCUCUUAUUUUUCAUGGGACGAGGUACGUAAACAUGCUGAAACUUCGCCAAGCGCAGGCAUUGACGGCUCUUCAGAUAGCGAUACCUCUUCAAGUAGCAACUUUUUAGGACUAUGUAGCUUCUGCGAGGACCCAGAAAGGACUACAUUUCAACCGCUCCCUGUGCUGGGUGCUUUGCACCAUCACCAGAACCGAUGCUCAGCGUCACCAGAAAGAGGGAUAGAGGAAGUCCGUCACGCGUGCGUAGGGAGCUUCAAGGAAGAUCUUCCUGAGGGCCGUGGAGUGCUGAAGAGAGAGCUGGAUAGUCAACACGAGAGAGCAAGAAUGGCGGUCAACAACACGAGAGAGCCUCUAGAGAGCGCCUCUAGCGAAAGUUGUCGGUCGUCCGGUGGCCCUGAUGAUUUGGCGCCACCUACUCCUUAUUCCUCUGAAGACAAAGCGUUUUCUAUUGCUGAUGUCAAUUCCGUGCACCACGACGCCAGCAUGUCUUCGCCGCCCUCUUCAAAUUUGCAUGCUGAGGCUCCCAUUCCAUUUGAGCAGGACGUCGAAGAAACCACGGCUCGCACAAAGAAAGUACUAGAGCACCCUCAAUAUGUUGCAGGAGAAGAGCAGUCUACUUCGUGUGGAUCAUAUCUCCAGGUCAAUCUGCCCUUCCUUGUGCGGCGGAUGCGACGUGGAAGUAACCCAUUUGUACAGCCGUCCGAAGAGUUGAACGAGCUUCCCACUUCUAGUAAGAGGAAGAACUAUUUGCUCUCUGCCGGCGUCGAUCACACCCGUGCGCAUACUAGUAGAACAGCGGAGAAUAAUGUUCUUCAAAAUAAUGAUAAUGCCAGCACGUCGACCUUCGUCACAACACAUCGCGUGGUUGACGGCAAAUCCUCAGACCGAGGUCUAGAGAGUCCGCAACGGAGCGAAACCCUAUCAUUUCUGCCACAGAGCAGCUGCAAGACUGGAGAGUGGUGUAGUUGUUAAGGGUUUUCGAAUUGCUGCAUUCUGAUUCUUCACAAGUACCAUCCCUGACUCUAUUUUUAGUAGAAAAGAGGCCAGGAAUGUUCCGAAGAAUGUAAUUUCGUAACCUCUAAUGUUGGCGGGAUGCCCAGCGUGCGUGGUCGAACAAAAUCUUCGCAGCUUUUACUAAGGGCGCCAGAGGAGCUUCUAGUGGCGACACCUUCGCGACCACUGAGAGCAGAGGCGCUUCUACAGGUUCUAGUGAGCCACUCUUGACAUCCGGACGAAUCUGCAACGGCCGAGAAGGAGGGCCAGAGAUAAGGCUGUAGCUAAUGCAUCUUUGAUUGCAUCCUUGAAACGUAUGGGGGAGUGUCCCAGUGCGAUACUCUGGCAUACUCUUCAAGGAUGCAGCUGGAAGAUGAAUUACGGAGAGCGUUAACAGAGGACUGCAUUAUAUCAACGCGACACAAAGUAUUUUUAGCACCGAAAGACUAUGUUGAGUUCUCAGAGAACGUCGAAGAACAUGAAGGUGGCAAUAAGAAAGUCUCGCUCUAA